UUUAAAGCAUCUCGUCUCAAGCGCCACACAGCCUCGUGCUAUCGGAUAUGACGCGCCGGCAGGCCCUCUCUCGCUGUAUUUAUUCUUUGCUUUUUUACGGUUCUCAUUGGUAAGCCUGUAUGUGCCUCGUGUCGUGAACAUUGCGAAGAAGGGCUAGAUCAUCUCUUUCUCGAAGAAAAAUGCCACUAAAUUUGUACGUCAUGGAAGUGAGCCCUCCCAAUAGGGCCGUCUUAUUGUGCAUCAAAGCCCUUGAGCUUGACGUGAACAUGAAGCCCAUUAAUCUGGUUGCUCAAGAGCAGCUCAAACCAGAGUUCGUCAAGAUCAACCCUCAGCACACAUUGCCAACUUUAGAGGACGACGGAUUUGUAAUUUGGGAUAGUCAUGCGAUCUGUGGAUAUUUGGUCAACAAAUUUGCCACGGAUGACAGCUUGUACCCAAAGGAUCCUCAAAAGAGGGCGGUUGUCGACCAACGAUUGCAUUUUGACUCGGGUGUACUGUUUCCUCGGCUUGUCGAUAUAACAUUUCCCCUGUUCGUAUUGAAAUGCGGGGAAAUCCCUGAAGAAAAGAGGAAGAGAGUGUUUGACGCUUAUGAGUUCCUUGAGAAGUUUCUCGGAGACAGCGACUACCUAGCUGGCAAUUUAUUUACCAUCGCUGAUAUGUGCUGCAUUGCAACUGUGUCCAGCCUUGAGGAGGCCUUGCGAGUUCCCGCUGAUGACUAUCCAAAGGUUAAGGCUUGGAUUCAACGCUGCAGGGACAACCUGCCAGGGUACAACGAGGCUAACCAAGCUGGAUUGGACAUUUUCAAGGGUGCAGUGGAUGGCGUUUUAACUAAAUAAAGUUAUUCCUUCAGUUUUCAUUUAUUUUAAAAUCGUGAAAUGUACUAAAAAAAUUUAUACGCGGCAAUACACUUUUACUAAAAUUACAA